AUGUCAUUUGAUUCCAUAUCAGCUGGUGCGAUGGGAUGUUUUCCCCGUCGAGCACAUACGAUAAAUGCAACAGACGAUGCACAUACACAUACAGUUGCAGUUUAUAUGCACAGUUUUAAUCCUGACUGUGAAAAUGAUACGGUACAUUUAGAAGUUCAUAAAAGAUGUACAACAGAGGAGCUUAUCGAGAAAGUUUUGGCUGGAAGAUCAGAGCUGGAAGGACAGUCGGUACAAGACUUUGACUUGUUUGAAAUGAUGGGAACACCCGAUGGACAAACAUAUAAAGAACGUCGAUUGGACCCUGGAGAAUAUCCUGUAGCCGUACAAGCAAUAUGGUCACGUCUUCCGGUUGUCGUUGAUAGUGCCACACCAAAAAAUCGAUUCGUUUUUCGGCAUCGAGGAUAUCGAGCAGCAACUGGAGGAACAAGAUUUGGAAGCGCUGAAGUUGCUUCUUCUAUUGAUGCCUUUUUGACGAAAUUCUUGGUUCAGCCACAGGAUCGAGAGUACGCGGAUCUUUGUAUGCUUCCUGAACUGACUGAACAAACUCUUUUGGAUAAUUUACGAGAACGAUUCGCCAAUGGACACAUUUACACUUACAUUGGUCCGAUUCUGGUCGCUGUCAAUCCUUUCUGCUUCUUUCCAAUUUAUAAUCCAAAAUAUGCCAGAUUGUAUUUUCAAAGUAAAAGGCUUGGAUCACUUCCUCCGCACAUUUUCGCAAUCGCUGAUGUUUGUUAUCACAACAUGCUCCGUAUUAAAGAAAACCAAUGUGUGGUGAUUUCGGGAGAAAGUGGAUCUGGAAAAACCGAGUCGACGAAUCAUUUGAUGUCUCAUUUGAUAUCCCUCUCUCAAAAAGGGUCAACUGGAUGUAGUACAGAACAGACUCUACUGUCAGCUGGACCAGUUUUAGAAGCUUUUGGGAAUGCGGUCACAUUGACGAAUAACAACAGCAGUCGAUUUGGAAAAUUCAUAAAAAUCAAUUAUAGAGAAAAUGGAAUGGUUUCGGGAGCCAAUGUGGAAAUCUAUCUGCUCGAAAAGUCUCGGAUUAUCUUUCAAACAAAAGGAGAAAGAAACUAUCAUGUGUUCUACUAUCUACUAGAAGGAGCCGAUGAAGAGGAGCGGAAAAAGUACUUCUUGUUGAAGCCCAAUGACUACAAGUAUUUGAAUCAGAACGAGCCAUUUGCACUGGAAGGAGUGAAUGAGAGGAACGAAUUCGAUCGAUUGAGGCAUGCGAUGAGCUCUGUUGGAUUUUGUGCCAAAACUCAGCAAACUAUUUUUGGAAUCAUUUCUGCUGUGCUACUUUUGGGAAAUAUCACUUAUAUCAAGAGGCAUGGAUAUCAUAGCGACGAGAGUGGAUACAUUGAAAAUGAAGAAGUUGUCGAUUUGGUCGCAAAACUUUUACACAUUAAAACGGAAACUUUGAUGCAAGCAUUGACUAUGAAACGGCAUGUUAUGAAGACAGAAACAGUGGUGUUGAGAUACAGUGUUUCGGAGGCAACAAACACUCGAGAUGCUAUGGCUAAAUGUAUUUACAACUCACUGUUCCAUUACAUCGUUUUGAGAAUCAAUCAAGCACUUUUGAAGAAAGAUUUCUCUGCUGGAAAGGGAUAUUACAUUGGGAUCCUCGACAUUUUCGGCUUCGAAGACGUCGGUGCCCAGUGCAACAGUUUUGAGCAGUUGUGCAUCAAUUAUGCUAACGAAAAACUGCAAUCCUAUUUCAAUCAACACAUUUUCCAGUUUGAACAAGAGGAAUAUUUAAAGGAGGGAAUUUCAUGGACGAAUAUUGAAUAUACGGAUAAUACGGAAUGUGUUCAGUUAUUCCAGAGUAAACCAUAUGGAAUUCUUCGCUUGAUAGAUGAAGAAAGUAAUAUUAACAAUGGAACAGAUGACUCGAUGUUGGCAAAAUUGAAUCAGUUUUUGAAGAACAAUGAAUACUACGAAACGCCACAGAAGAAAGAACCCGCCUUUAUCGUUGCUCACUAUGCUGGGAAAGUGAAAUAUCAGAUAACAGGAUUCCGAGAGAAAAAUAAGGACUUGAUGAGACAGGAUGUGUUGAAUGCAUUGAAAUCCAGUACGAGCUCAGUUAUGAAAACUCUUUUGGGUAUUGAUCCAGUGGCUGUUCACAGAUGGAAUGUGCUCAGAAGUGUGUUCAGAGCAAUGAACGCAUUCAAACAAUCGGCUAGGAAACUUCAGAAGAGUGAAUCCGCUGGACAUCUCCGUGUCAUGGAUUCCAUCGCUACCUCGCCUCGACGUGGAUCCGAUUCUGCUUUAUCCGCCUUCCUCCGAGGAGAACUUCGAUGUGAAGUGCCAGAUUUCUGUGAUACGAGUAUGUUCAACACAAUUAGAAAUCAAGCCAGAAGAACACCUGCCGGGAAGUCUGAUGACAAAAUGAGUCUCCUGAAGUCGUUGCAAAUUCUGAAAGAAGCGAUUGGAGGAAGAAGAUUGACUAAGAAACCUUCCUCGGUUUCUAAGCAAUUUGAGUAUUCAUUGACGAGAUUGAUGAGCACUUUGGCAAAUGCAACUCCAUAUUUCAUUCGGUGUAUCAAGAGUAAUAAUGAUAAGAUCGCCAACCACUUCGACGACAACAUAAUUCUCCGCCAACUCCGCUACACUGGAAUGCUGGAAACUGUCAGAAUCCGUCGUGCCGGAUAUUCGGUCAGAAUUGAGUAUCCCAGUUUCGUCCAACAAUACCGUACUCUCCUAAAAAAUGGAAGAGAUAGUACUGUAGAAGACGUGAAAGAGUUCAUUCAAUCGCACCCAUCACUGGAUAAUGAUAACAUUCAAUAUGGAACACAUAAGAUUUUUAUGAGAGACGCAGAGAAAUUGAUACUGGAUGAUCAUCUUCAUCGAACGAUUAUGCAGAGUAUUGAUACAUUGCAGAGAUGGUUUAGGACGAUUUUGGCAAGGAAGAGAUAUUUGAGAAUGAAGGAAGGAAUCGUAAGGAUUCAAGCAUUAAUUAGAGGAUCUAUAGCUAGAAAUGAAGUGAGGAGGAAAGCAUUGGCUGCUCAGACGAUUCAAUGUAAUUGGAAAACAUUCAAAGCUCGACAGAAAUAUGUAUCAACUAGAAACUCGGUUAUUGCAAUUCAAUCUGCAUUCCGAGGAGCUGCGCUGCGAAAAAAGAUUGGAGAAAUUCCAAAAAAUAUCGGGAACGGAGGAGUGAAUAAUAUCAAAAAGUCACCAUUUAGAGUCAGAAAAGUGCAUGCUGUCAAUUUGACGAAAUUCGAUUUAAAUGAUCCAAACUCGUUGGCUGCAUUCGCACUUUCUGAUGAUGAUUCUGAUAGUGAUAAAUCAACACAAGACGGAUUGGAUGAUGAUAUUUCAGAAGAAAGUGAUGCAUUCCAAGAUGACGAUGCUGUCGACGUUGAUGCAACAUUUAUUCUGGAGGACACAAAACUGAAAUUAAUUGAAGGAGCUGAGCUGUCGCAUCAUAGAAGACAAUCACUUGCUCCAACAGCUUCAACGACGAAAUUGAAAAUGUUGAGAAGAGCAAACAGUACAGAAUCGAACAAUUUCUCAGUUUCAAGAUGUGAUGAUUCAUUCACUUUUCAGUUGAGUCCAACUAAUUCCAAAAAGAAAACCGUUGGAACUGGAAAAUUAGGAUUCCAAAAAGCAAAAAAGAACCUGAAGGCGUUGUUUGGAAGGAAAGAAGACGAAGAAGAGCCAUCCCCUGGACCCAGUUUUUCCAGUGAAUUAACGCCGGAUGUUUUCAUUUCCAAAGAUCAUCAAUUUAAAAUGUCACGUCUUCAUCGACAGGAGAUUUGUGCACUGUGCAACCGACAUCUCACUAAUUUUAUAUCACAAGCACACAAAUGUCAAAGAUGUAAAAUGUGUCUUCAUAAGGAAUGUUUCGUAUUUGCUUCCUCGAUUCCAUGUAAUCCAACAUCUCCAGUCCGGUCACCAACCCGAUUGCACUCACCGAAAAGGCCAUGGGAUCUGAUGCCCCAUAAACAACGACAAUCAUCAUCUCCGAUUCCAACCACCGGAACAUUUAGUCUGACAAAAACCAAACAACAGACGGAUCCUGGAAAUAUGGUUGUUGAGUCAACGGAAGAUCUUCGUCAAUUUAGUGUUUUCAUUUUCAAUAAAACUUCCACAUUGUCAGGAACCACUUCAAAACGAGACACAAUAGUCGACGCGGUGUUCAAAAAGUCUCUCAAAUCGUUUCACAUGGAACUUUUGGGUUACGAAGCUGUGCUAUCCGUUGAUCAAUCAGUACUUAAAUAUCGUGACGUCAUCACAAUGUUUGAAGGUCUUCUGACAAAAACUUGUAUGGAAGAAAACGUUUCGUUCCCGACAACUUUGGGAGUGAAUGCAUUCAGAGGAUUUCUAAACGAGUUCAUGCAUACUCAAUCAAAGAAGAAGAGGGGAAAAGAGAAAUCGUCAAUGAUCAAGAAAGUUGGAAAGAAGCGCAGAAAAUCUGAUGUAACGGCGGUUCAUGCGGGUCACCGAUUCCGUGCGGAUGUUGUCCAUGUUCCGACGUAUUGUGAAGUAUGUAACCAGUUGAUUUGGCAUCACGAGAAACUAUUCAUCUGUGUUGCUUGUCGGAUAUCAUGUCACAAAAAGUGUCAGCCAAAAGUCACCCAUCCUUGUAGUCUGAUUGGAAAAACUAUCGAUCCACAGACAAAUGGAGGAAGAUUUUUCGGAGCCUCUCUGACUUCAAUUGUAGAUGAUGAUCAUACGGUUCCAACGCUUUUGGAUCGACUGUUUUUCGCAAUUGAGACAAGAGCAUUGUUUGUGGAAGGAGUGUAUCGAAAAAGUGGUUCCCUUCCUCAGGUUCGAAGCAUUCGGAAGGUUAUUGAAUCCACUCCAGAUGCCGAAUCCGUGAAUCUAGAAGAUGUUGGUGUCCAUGUCCUCACUACUCUCGUGAAGGCAUUUUUCCGAGAACUCGCCGAGCCGAUCAUCAUUUUUGAUCUCUAUGAAAACUUUUUGAAUGUUUCAGAAGUAGAAGACAUGGGUGAACGAGUUCGUUGUCUAUCCGUUAUGAUUGAACUAUUGCCCAAACCGAAUCGAGCUGUUUUAGAUCGUUUAAUGUAUCACUUGGCGCGUGUUGCUGAUCAGGAAUCAGUCAAUAAAAUGGGAUGUAACAAUCUUGCCUUAAUAUUCGGACCAUGUGUUCUUAGAAGACAAGAUAGUACUCAUGCUCAGGAACAAUUGAAUGACGUGGCAAGACAAACAGGCUGUGUUCAAACUUUGAUUGAAGAGAAAUUGAAACAAUACAAAGCCACACUGCAUAAUAUUGUUGAACUGGAAGAUGCUAGUCAUAAGGUGUCGGCUAACCUUCGGAAGAUUGAGGAACACCGUCGGAAUAGUGAACCUUCGAAGACAUCACCAAAUAUUGGAACUGCCAAACAACUAUUCGAAGAACAAUUGGAGUUUUUGGGGAAACAAAAAGAACGUCUUCUACAAGAACUUCCUCCUUUGGCUCCAGUCGCUUCUUCAGAAGAUCUCUCUUCAUCAGAUGAAAAUGCAAAUGCAUCUAGCUCUCUAUCCGUUGAAGAAUAUGCCCUUGAUCUCGAUGCACCGCCCGUAUUCUGUCUUUUAAAGUAUCCAACUAAGCUCCGCCCACCGGGUCCUUCACACAGAAGACGUCCCGAUUUAGAUCUUCGAAGAAAGGCGUUUGCUAACUCUCGUGGAAUUGUAUCAUUUUAUACACCGGUUGAAUGA